GUUUGACGAAACAGAUUUGAGAGUGACCGCGAACGAGACGUUCGUCGCGUAUUUUUCGUGACUACUGUGCGUUCGCAGUAUUGCAAUCAACGUUUUGUAUAAAUUAUUUCUCGCGUUUUUGCUUUAUUCAAGUGCACUUAAUUGACAAUUAAAUAAUAGAGAAAUAAACGUGAUCAAUUGAGUAUUUUCACAAAUAUUGUUUGUGUAUUUAUUUGGUGUUGAGGCAAAAGUAUUGGCAUUAUAGUUUCGGUAAAAAAAAUCUUCAAUUGGCUGGGCAUAGUAUGCUUCAUAGUUUGCCUGCUGCAGCGAGAUUCCUUGAUGGUUAUGGGGCAGCAGUGGACUACGAUACAAACAAGCAGAACAACUGAAGAUUUUAGUGCUUAACGUCAUGCCGAACACCUCUCUGAAAAUUUAAAUAGAGAACGUACACAAAACAUUAGAAGAAACCAAAAAUUUUAACGGCAUAACGUCACAUUGCUCCCAAUUGUAGUGUUGUGCAAAUAGAUGUGAAGCUUCGCGAACGAUAACACUCCACUAUCGCGUUCCUUAACUAAAUCCAUUGCGUCUGUUUUCGUUAACCGAUAGCGCAGUUGACAGGUAGUGCUGAUUUGAUAGUAUCGUUCGGGUGGGAGGUCGCGAGUGUGCCACGGCCGAUAUUAAUGUUUAGAAACAUUGUCACAGUAAUAUCGUGUUUUGAACCGUUCCCGGCUACGUUGUGUAGUGUGAUAUAUAUGAACAUUUUGCGUGUGUGCUGAAAAUGCGGUCGGAGGAGUUGUGGUGCAGCUUGGCUGCUUUAGGCUGGAUCACUUUGGUCAGAUGCCACGCGCCCGGCAGUGAAUUAGAGUCUGUACGAUAUGGACCCAGUGAGGGGCAUCCCUUUGACACUUUCACUGUGGCAAACAUCAAUAUAACAUACGAAGACGAACACGGGCGUAUGUACUCUGACAUAUCUCAGUCUGGCAAGUAUGGUGAAGGUUUCAUUGGGUCGGCGCGAGGCGUGGCUGUUCAUGUACGCGCGAAGGGCGCAGGUGGGGAGCACGACCAUACCGGCUGUACUUGGCCCCUGCUGUCUGUCACCGACGAAAAGCUUCCCACCGAGCCCUGGAUAGCGGUCAUUAGACGUGGCAGUUGCAACUUCGAGAUCAAGGUGGAGAACGCAUGGCGUGCUAACGCCUCUGCCGUGCUUAUAUACAAUGACAGGGACACUACGCUGCUUGAGAAAAUGAAACUGUCCACAGAUAAUGGACGCAACAUAACCGCUGUGUUCACGUACAAGUGGAAGGGCGAGGAGAUCACGCGGCGCACGGACAACGGCACGAGGGUGAUGAUCGACAUCCUCAAGGGACGGACCUUCGCUAACGUUAGCAACAACAUCAACAAGACUUCAGUGUUGUUUGUAUCGAUUUCGUUCAUCGUUUUGAUGGUGAUAUCGCUGGCGUGGCUCGUGUUCUACUACAUACAGCGGUUCCGGUACAUCCACGCCAAGGAUCGCCUCUCUAAAAGAUUAUGUUGUGCUGCUAAAAAGGCAUUAUCGAAAAUACCAGUAAAGAGUUUAAAGACUGAUGAUAAGGAAGUGCAGGGCGACGGCGAGGGUUGUGCUAUUUGCAUAGAGCCUUAUAAAGUGUCUGAAACACUUAGAUCUCUUCCUUGUAGGCACGAAUUCCACAAGAACUGCAUAGAUCCCUGGCUGCUGGAGCGUCGCACGUGCCCCAUGUGCAAGAUGGACAUACUCAAGUACUACGGCUUUGUGUACACGGGCAGUCAGGAGAGUAUUCUGCAGCUGGACGUGGAGGAGGCUCGCUCUAGGGCGCUCAGUCCUGCUAGGAACAGACACCCGCUCACGCUGCUGACCAGUGACAACUCGUACUCGGAGGCGGCUAGCGGCCGCAGCAGCCGCGCCUCCUCGCCCGACGAGCUGGUGCCCUCGCUGCAUCACGCGCACGCGACGCCGCACGACGAUACCGCGCAACGUUCUUGCGCGUCCACGUUGUCGGACAGCAUGAGAGGUGAAUCCUCCAGGCAGGAGACGCUCGCCAGCAAUACCGAUGCCAAUCCUGAAGGUUGACCGACUAAAGAGUGAAUCAAUCGGAGACCACCGUGCCAAAUGACUUAGUUCUAACAUUCGUGAGAGUAAACCUUAUAAAGUGCUAAGUGAAUGUUGCAUAUAAAAAAAAAUUUGAAAAAAUACUCAAAAAAAAAAAAGAAAUCAUAAUUAAUAAUGAAACUUCCAGUGAAAUUGGAUGAAUUGUGAGUGAUAAUUUCUUUAAGGAUAUUAUAGUUUUGUAUGUUAAUAAGGUACCCGCUCUUCCGCCUAGUCCACGAAAUUGUGUUUUGCAGCAAUAAACAGUUGGUUCUGUUCAAUACCACCAUAGAAAAUAUAUACCAAAUGUUAGACAGUGGCGAAAUUAAACGACUUUUUCUCAUAGAGAUAAUUCUCGAUUCAACAGCCGGGCUUCCUGUAAUGUGCCUAUGUUAAGAUCAUAGUAUUUUGUCUAUAUUUAAUCGCUCAUGCGUAGUUAAUCCGGAAAGGGAAGUCUAUCAGAAUGAUUCGACGACGUUUUGUUUAUAGUUUUGCUUUAACUGCGUGUGUUUCACAGAAAUGGUACUGCGACAUAUCUCUCUAUCAGGGGGACUUGUGGCUUACAGGAAGACCACUCGAGUCUUAUCUUUAAUGUCUCUAUGCUUUUUUUUUCUCUCCAUCACUUUUUUAAUGUGUUGCUAAUGUAAAAAUCUACUAUCAUAUAAGCCACUGUACUUAAAAAAAAAAACUUUAUAUUUAGUUCAUGAUCUCGUAAUAUACCUACCAUUAAUUAAAGCGAUAAAAUGUAAUUUUUUAUUUGUAUUCUAUAUUUUGUUAAGUGAUUUGUAACUUAGUAGCCCUGUUAAGUAGCGUGAUCUGGUUAUAUGAGACAAACCAGGCACAAUAUCUGUGGUGUCGAGGUCUGUUACUGUGCUAUGCAAGCCAAUUAAGAAUAGUACUGUCUAACUGCCAUCUUAGUUCGCAUUGCGCCUCAAGUUCAGGGUAUAGUGUGAAAAAAAAUUUUUUUAAAGAAAUAUCGAAGCACCAAUCUUUUUAUUUGGCACGCAUAGUAGAUUCAAAUACGCAAAUAGAUAUUAUAUAGAAGAAUAUUACUACGUCGGCACCUGCCUGGGUGCGCUAAAUAUAUACGAACCUUAGAAAUCUUUAUGUCAGCAGAUUAAUCCGUCCAUAACUAUUAUAUCACUUUAUUAACCGUUUUCAUAUCUUCAAUUUUUAUUGCAAAUGUUUCUAAAAAAGGUAAAACAAUGAUUUAAGUGUUUUUUGGUGUUUGGUAAAGUGUGACGUCAUAAUUCAAUAAUAUUCACUUCAUUGCUUUAACAUGUGAUUUAUGGUAACUAUUUUAAUGUGUCAUAGGCGUCGUCCGUUUAUUGGGUAAGAUGUUAUAUGGAGGGCGGGAGGGAGUUUUGAUAGUUCUUACGUGAGAUUGCAAGAACUGGCAAAGUUAAGAUUUUAAGUACCUACAAGAAUCUUUAAGGAAAAAUGAAUGAAUUUUUUUUUUUCGUUUUUCCUUGAGACUUUUACGUAAUAAAUAUCAAACAGCGGGUCGGCUGAUUCCUAUUUUUUCUCGUGUACAGGUGGUGAGGUUAAAACUGGCAAAAAUGGUCUUACGUUAUAAACGGAUGACGCCGUACUUACUACUUUCAAGUGUAUACUAUUAUGUCAUUGUCACCCAACCAGUGUUGUUUGGUAAUUUUAUCGAUAGAUGUAAUGUACUAGUUCAAGGAAUCAUGAUACUAUCGAUACAUCUUCAACUACACUGAAAUAUUUUGCUAAAAAUGUUGAGAGUGAAAUCCUACAUUCAAUAAUGGUAGUAAGAGAUAGAAACAUUUAUGUUAUUUGUAAAGUAAAACCCAACUAAUAAGGCUUGUCGUAUCACCUUUUUUUACAGAUCACGUCUAUUAAUUCCGACGAUGAAUCAAAAUUUAUUAUUAGUUUUGUUUUUUUAAUGACCACCUGAAGGUGUAAACGAUGCGCGGAUCGACCGAUGGCGCGCUGAUUGGCCAACAUUUGCCGCGCUUUUAUAUUUAGGAGGGGGUCGUCUCAUAUAUGAUGCAAGUUUGGUUUCAUCGUCGCGGUCAUCAGAACUGACAAAUAUAUGAUAUGACGUUCAACGUGAAUGGCCAUCAAUGGACAUUUGACGGAUCUACUGUGAGAUUUGGCACCGACACUUAACCCAUAUUAGCUGUGUUUUAUUUUUCAUUGUUUAUUGAUUUUUUUUUAUUAAAUACUACUAUUAGUGUGUCAUACUUUCAGGGCGUUUUCGAUUCGUAUACGGCCCGUUGUAAAUAUUGCAUUAGUGUGAAUAUGAGCUUAUAAGCAGUUCAAAUUAUAAAUGUUAUUAAAAGAAGAAGUUCUAUAUACGUUAGUAUUCCCAUGAACUAUACUAUACUAUAUUUGCUGAUCAAGUGUUUUGACAAAUAUAUUAUUUACUACUUUUUAUUUUAAAAAUCUAUUACGUUUAUGAAACUUUCAUUUUCUUAUGUAUUGUUAGAGAUGAGCCGAGUGUUCCUGUGUUAUUCGAUGUUAUAUACUUGGCGAAUGUUAAAUGUUCAAAUAUAAUGAUUAUAUAUGAAUAGUUAGACAUAUCCUAGCACUUAAUGCGUUAUUUGAACCUGAUGCCUUGGAACUUGCAUACCAAAACCGAAUUACCUGGACGUUUUUUUGCAGUAUAUUAUUCACUUUAUUAUAUCUCAAAAAUUGUCCAAAGUUUCUGUUUCACUAAGUAAUAGUUGUAAUGUAAAAAAAGUGCAGUUCUACGCCGUGUACUCUUGGUAUAACACGGAUGAAUACUCGAUCUACACAGUACUCUGUACAUCUUUAUGAAUCGGAUUCGAUCAUAAAACCCAAACACUAAUUUCGUGACUCAAGAGAAACGGUAGUUAUGAAAUCUAGUCUCAAGCAGCGUCGCUUUUAAACGCAAUUUACAUUAAAAAUUGCAUUCAAAAGUGAUUGCGUCCCGUUCAAACUGUAUAAUUUAAGUUUAAAAUUAUGUUUUAGUAUUGUAAGUGAGCAUUUAAGUUAUAACUUACGUUGUAAAAUCAAGAUAAUAUACUUAUUAUGUGAAAUCCAUUGGAUUUAAUAUUAACAAGGAGACUGGUAUGUACUUUUAUUAACAGUUAAUUUUGUAAAAAAAAUGUUUACAUUCCCCUCUUGAAAAUAUUCUAAGUACUCCAUGUGUGUACAUGAAGUGUUAAAUAAAAACCAAAACAGUAUUUAGAUUAGUGUUUUAUUAUAAUAAUUUUCUCUUAAAAAUCUCAACAUGACAUUUAUUAAGGGAAAAGCUGUAGAAGGAAAUUCAUUAUCAACAUUUUUACACACACAUUAAAUAUCCGAAAUUAUAAAAAUAAAAAUUACACUAUAACAAUGUGAAUUAAGCAAAUUGUAUUUUAUUUACAUUAUUAUAAUUAACUGGGUAAUUUAGUAAACAUUACGAUUAAUAAUUAUGAUACAAGAACUUCAGUCUUAUUAUUAGACGCAGAUGAUAAAGCUGUCAACGUUCAUUGUUAUAUAAAUCGCCCCAGCCUAUCAUUAUUUAUUAGAUGAUUUUUUUUAGUUACUUCGGCUGUGUAAUUUUGUAACCUAUAUCCGCCACAAAUGAUGAAUACAAACGAACAAUCUUUUCAAUUGAUAUUAUUAGAACAUAAAUAUUUACGUGUAGAUAGGUUUAAGUGCUUGGAUCAUAAAUAGUCAUAGACAGAAUGACAUGGAAAAGAUAUUUUUCCUGAAAAUAUUUCCGGAAUCAUCCGGAUAUUUUUUAUGCAGGUAUUCACAUCAUUGAUACUUAAUUCACUAUAGAAAGCAAGCUAUAAAAAUUAUUUAAAUUGUUUACUCUACUACUAUUUAAUAAACUUCUUGCUAUUA